CCCGACGGAGGGAGCGUCGUCAGGCGCGCAGCAGAGCGCUUCAUAUACGCUCCUUGAAUCGAAUGCCUCGUUCCCAGCUCGAUGCGGAGCCACUCUCGGGCGGAAGGGUUCUAGGCCGCACGAAGCCGGGGCGUAGGCGUGGCGGGACGCACUGCUGCUGCUGAUGCACGAUAUGCGCAGUUGCCACUCGUCCGGGGUCGACCAGGGAUCUCGGCGUCUACUGCUGCAAUUCUCCUGAUCUCCAGAAUCUUACCACCGCCCAGCUCAGUUUCUGAGAUAUGGAGAAAAAAAAUCGAAAAAACACUCUUCUUCUCCCAUUUAUGCUCUUAAUUUGGGCAGGAGCUGUAAGCUCCGUCGUUGUAACGUACGACCAUAGAGCACUCUUGCUGGAUGGCCAGCGCCGAUUUUUGCAGGGUGCUUCGAUACAUUAUCCACGUAGUACACCCCAGAUGUGGCCGGGAUUGAUUGAUUUGGCGAAGAAAGGAGGAAUUGAUCUCAUCCAAACUUAUGUAUUUUGGGACGGUCAUGAACCAGAGAAAGGAAAGUACGACUUCACCGGCAGGUACGACAUUGUACAGUUCGUAAAGUUGGUCGCAGAUUCAGGGCUGUAUGUCAACCUCAGGAUAGGACCUUACGUAUGCGCCGAGUGGAGUUCUGGAGGAUUUCCCUUAUGGCUGCGUGACAUUCCAGGCAUUGAAUUCCGAACCGACAAUGAACCUUUCAAAGUGGAGAUGGAAGGAUUUACCAGAAAGAUUGUGAGCCUUAUGAAGGAAAACAAUCUUUUCGCAUCUCAGGGAGGUCCAAUCAUCUUAGCUCAGGUGGAGAACGAGUAUGGAAACAUUGAUAGCGCAUAUGGAGCUUCCGCUAUGGCCUAUAUAACAUGGGCGGCGAAGAUGGCAGAGGGACUUGAUACAGGUGUACCUUGGAUUAUGUGUCAACAAGAUGAUGCUCCUGCCAACAUUAUCAACACGUGUAAUGGAUUCUACUGCGAUUGGUUCAGUCCCAAUGAUUACAGCAAACCGAAAAUGUGGACAGAAAACUGGGCUGGCUGGUUUCACAAUUGGGGUAAGAAGGCUCCUCACCGACCCGCAGAAGACGUUGCUUAUGCAGUGGCUCUAUUUUUUGCCAAAGGUGGCAGCUUCCAAAAUUACUAUAUGUACCAUGGAGGCACCAAUUUUGAACGAACUGCCGGGGAGAGGAUUGCCACCAGCUACGACUAUGACGCGCCUUUAGAUGAAUAUGGACAAGUAAGAGAACCCAAGUAUAGCCAUCUGAAAGAGCUCCAUGCAGCCAUUAAAGCAUGUGAACCAGCUCUAGCUGCUGUGGAUGGAGAUGCGUUUACUAUGAGUCUUGGCUCAACAUCAGAGGUUCAUGUCUAUGGGAACGGAAAUGGGAAUUCUUUGGGCCAGUUUGUAUCGAGCUCAGAAGUUUGUGCUGCAUUUCUCGUGAAUUGGGGUGAUAAUGCCUCUGAGACCGUGCAAUUCAACGAAGGGUCUUACGACUUGCCAGCCUGGUCUGUCAGCGUUUUGCCCGAUUGCAAAAAUGUCAUUUUCAACACUGCUAAGGUGGCUGGUCAGACAGCGAUAAAGAUGAUGAAAACAAUAAAAACUGCAGCAUCAAACGGACAAGAAAGUCUCUUUGUCGCCUCGACAUGGGAGGCGUGGCGAGAACCAGCAUCUAAGUGGGGAGACACCAUCACUCAUUCAGGGGGAUUUCUAGAGCAGCUAAAUAUGACGAGGGCCGCUACAGACUACUUAUGGCUUACGACCGUCGUUGACGCAUCAGAUUCUUCUACUAGCGCAAGUAUCCAUUUAGAUGGCGUGAAGGACACGGUUCACAUCUUCGUAGAUGGAGUUUAUGCAGGCAGUCCAGAUGAAUUCGAUUUGGAAACGGUGGAGCAAAAGAUUAAUUUAAAGAAGGGGCAGAAUUCCAUCUCUGUGCUGUCCAUGACACUUGGACUGCAGAACUAUGGAGCAUAUCUAGAAAAGGAGGUCGCGGGAAUAUCUGAGGCCAAGCUCGUUGGACUCUCGACCGGAGAUGUAGAACUCACGAACCAAGAGUGGGAAUAUCAGAUUGGUCUGAAAGGGGAGGAGCUAAAACUCUAUACGGAAGCGGGAAUGACAAAGGUUACAUGGGAGUCCGCAGCUUCUCUUCCAGUCAAUCAACCCCUCCACUGGUACAAGACGACGAUCGAUGCUCCCAGUGGGAAUGGGCCCGUAGCACUGGAUCUUGGGACCAUGGGAAAGGGUCAAGCAUGGAUAAAUGGCGUCAGCAUCGGUCGUUACUGGACACUGAAGCAAACACCAUUUCUAGACACAGUUGGUGGUUGUUCAGAUGUAUGCGAUUAUCGCGGGACUUACAAAUAUAACAAGUGCACUACGGGAUGCGGGGACAUUGCACGCUGGUAUCAUGUUCCACGAGAAUGGCUGAAGGCGACAGGUAAUUUGUUGGUGAUAUUUGAAGAAACAGGAGGUGACCCCACGGGUGUCUCCCUAGGAACACAGAUUAUGAACAAAAUCUGCGCGUAUGUUUCGGAAUCCCAUCCAGUGUUCGUAUCAGGCAACGUCAACACCAUAAAUUCCCAUCCGCUAGUCCAACUUGAUUGCUCUCCUGGACAUAUUAUUUCAGAAAUACGUUUCGCCAGUUUUGGAACUCCUUCUGGCACGUGUGGAAGAUUUCAAGAAGGCAUCUGCCAUUCUUCACAAUCCACCGAACUUCUAGUCAAGGAGUGUGUUGGUAAGCAGCAGUGCUCUGUCAACGUGACAUGGAAGAGCUUUGAAGCAGAAGAUCCUUGUCCUGGAUUAACGAAGAGUUUGGCAGUAGAAGCUGCCUGUGAAGUAACUACUCCGAUGAUAUAGGCCAUCUACUAUUCCACAUGCGAGAUUAAAUUAUGCACCGAGGGAAAAUUAAAUCUCAAACUCAAGAAAACGAUGACUUAUCCAUCGCCACUACUCCCUUUGAAACCACUGAAGGUGUAUGGAUCCGACAAAAUCCCAGACUGACCUCAUCAUCGAGAUUCAUUAUUAUGUGCUGGUAUAUCCAAAGCAAAACCCCUACCGUUUGAUGUCAUAGCAGAACAUGUCAGUGUGUAUAUGAUUCCAAAAAGAGAGCAAUAAAAUACGGUGGUAUGA